AUGGUCUGCCACACACGUCUCCUUGGUUCAGGGCGAGGUGCCGCUGCCGCAAUUCGGUUACCAGGACUUUCUACAGCGUCUGACGGGUGGCUUUGGGCCCGCUGCCCCGAUCCUGGAAGAGCCUGUGCAAGUCUCGGUGCUGCCCCUGGUAUCUCUGCAGGCCGUCGCGCCGAGCCGGCUGGUGUUGAAGUACGACCGAGAGCCGCUGGGAGUGGAAAGCUACAGGCUCUCACAUCCACUGAAAAGGUCUCGGUGGAGGUGUCUUUCGACUUCACCACGGCCUUCGAGGCACAGUCGGCUCGAGACACUCUGGAACAGCAUGCAGAUCGAGCAUUUGGUGGCCUGCAGGCCUGUGUCCUGAUGCUGAUGUUGGUGUCGCCUGGUCAAGUGGAGUGCGUGGGAGCACACCGCCGCUGGGUGGAUCAUGGCUUGGCUUUGCACAACGAGACGCUGCCGGUGGGCACUGGCCACUUCUUCGAUAGACGCUCUCAGCUGGCCAUCGAUCUCGUUACGCUGUCGGCCGUGCCGCAGGUGCUGUCCAACUACGUGUACCUCCCGCUUGUUCGAGAGCCACAUGUUGUGAGGGUGGAGCCACGCUAUGUGCAGGUUGGGCCAGGCACGCCGCUGCCGCCUAUUCGGGUGACUGGCACCGGUAUCAACACGGCCUUGGACGGCUGCUGCACCGCCUCCACUGAUCAAGCAGCCGGAACCGUCAAAGAGGAUCGCCUGAAGGUUCUGACACGGCCAACUUUCCUGUACCGCAUCGCUGGGGCUCCUCCAAAGAGUUGGCUUUUGCCCGCGCAGCCGGAAGGCCCUUUCACGGCGCGGUGCGACUUGCCGCCGGAUGUUGUGGAGAUGAUCGGCCGAAAGCUCUUCGUCACCUACUCGCCCAAUUGCAAGCAGUUUCCCUCGGAAGGCCACAUGAUCCAGCUCGUAAUUGCGCCGACCAUCCGGCGAAUUUGGCCACUGGAGGUGAUCGUUGAUGCGCUGCGGCCAGCUCGCAUCACUGCAUUUGGUGCAGGCUUCCUCGGCCUACCAGAAUUGCGGCUGCGCAUGGCCGGCCGAUUAGCUACUGGUCUCCAGGUGCACAACGACUCGACCUUGUCCUUCGUACCGCCACAGCCGCCCCAACGGGCAGCAAGCAUUCCCAGCGAGGCUUUCUUUCUUGAAGUCUCGCUGGACGGUGGUCGAUUCUGGCUCAGUUCUGCUGUGCAGUUGACCUACAAGAACAUCCCAGUCUUCCGGCAUGGUGUUCCUCAGCCUUACACUUUCGCUGAACAUUGGCAGAUUGUGUCCAACGUCGAUCCCAUGCUCAUCGUGCAGGGGGACGCCAUAAAGAUCAACAUCACAGGGCAGCUCAGUUUCGCCGGUGAGCUGGUUCCACUGCAGGUGCCCCCGUUGCAUCCACUGCCAAGCAAAGUUCGCAGCUUGUACCCGGCUACACAGGAGGGCCUGACAGUGCUGGGCCCCGAUUACAUCGUGCAAUCCUAUGGCGGCACGGUUCGAGUGAAGUUCUUGGCAGAUGGACAUGAAGAGGUCCUGUUCAGCAUUCCUGCAAACAGCAGCGAGAGUGUGACUGCCCUUGCAGUCAGCCAAACGAUGUUGCUGGUGUCGAGAGAUGGAUCUGCCAACUCCUCCACAGAGCUCUACGACCUUAGGGACAUGCGGCUCCUGGGGCAAAUCGAACACCUUCCAGGUGUGAUGGCAGCUGCCCUCUGUCAUGGCCGCACUCUGGGCCUGUGGGCUGCACUCGGUACCGGGGAGGAGGUCUGGGUCUACACGCUGGAACCAUCAGGCGAAGUAAGCAACUGCACCAGUCCUGGCUGCGUGCCCAGCUACGACGCCACUGUCCUCUCCACUUUCGAGGUCAAUGGGACAGCGAGCAUCAGGACCGCUCCGUGGCACGACGUCCUUGGCUUCCUCGGCGUGGAUGGUUCCCUGCACAUCUGGUCGCUUGCCGGCCCGCAGCCCCACGAGUUGGACAGCCCAUCAGUUGAGGUCGCAAAGCAUGGCGCCACCUGUUACUACUUGGCGCCUCCAGCUGAUUGUCAUUGGGUCCAUGCUCAGUCUUGUGAGCCAGGUCACUUUUAUCGCAAGCCAGCCAAAGAUGCCUGCCAUUUGGCUGCACCGAAGCCCGACCGGGCUAUGUCGGCUUUGCGAAAGGCACAGGCCUGA